AUGAAGCGUGUCCCAAAAGUUGCCGACGGUCUGCCCCCGAGGGUCAUCCGGGCCUUCUACGGAGCCAUGUCAAACGGACCCCCUAGGACGGCUGGGGCAGCGUAUGCAUUUAAUCCGGAAAAUGUUCUUAUUGGCGACGCGGAGGAGUUGGAGGCCUGGCUCAAGACCAGUGAAGCCAAACCUUUGAGGCUUUGUGCUGUGCUCCAUAGGCCUCGUGUGUAA